AACCAGGUCGCUUGGAAUAGGAACACUCGCAUAGGUACGUACGACCUCACCUUCCUCUCUCUCUCUCUCUUUUUCUCUCUCACCUGCGAAUCGAUCACCUGACUCUAAAUUAUUCAGCGCAAAGACCUUUGCGGAAUAAGUAUAUCUGCCGCUGUAUUUACGACUUCUUCGUGGACCGUUGCAAAAAUGUCAUAGGGAAGAAAAGCAGAAGAAAGAAAAGAAAAGAAAGAGAAAAAGAAAAGAAAGGAAGAACGUUUCCUACGAACCCCGAUCGAUCUUUCAUUUUUCUUCUUAUCGAACAACCUUACGAUUUUUCUUAUAACAUCUUGAUAUAUAAUUUCGAUGAAAAAAUUGUUCAAAAUGUAACGAUGAAGACGAGGAACAAAACAUUUAACAAGAAUUCUUUUUAACGAGUAGUAUCAAGAAAAAGAAUGCAAAUAGAUGUAAAUGAAUGCGAAAAGCCGCACGUACUAUAAUUAUAAACGCUAGCGGAGACAUGCGGUACAUAUCGGAGAGAGAAAGAGAAAAAGAGAUAGAGAGAAAGAGAAAGAGGGAGAGAGAUAGGGAGAGAUAGAGAGAGAUAGAGAGGGAGAGAGAGAGAAAGAGAGAGAGUUAAAUAAAGCAAAGGCGCCACACUGUCUGAGUCUGCCGCUCGAUAAACUAGAUUACGUGCUAACGCGCCGAGCUUUUUAUUUUUUUACCCUUUUUCUUCCUUCUCUAUCUCUCUCUCUCCCUUUUUGUACCGUGUCCGUGUCAUAUUAUGUCAGCCACCGUUGAGACCGACAUCGCUAAGGAAACUGUGUCACAACUUUGUUGCGAGUUUCGUUACAUAUACAGAAAAGGAGAUUCGAAGAAAGAAAGAAAGAAAGAAAGAAAGAAAGAAAAAAGUCAAGCAAAGUUUCUGUCAUAAGUAAUGAAAGAUUUACGAUGAACAAAGUUACAACAAUAAGCAAUAACUUAAUCUGGAUUAAAUCGAUUGAAGUCUCUCGAAGGAUUUUAUUCUUGGAGGAAAAGGAAAAAAAAAGAAAGGAAAAGAAAAAGAAAAGAAAAGAAAAGAAACGAGACAGAAAAAAGAAAGAAAGAAAAACAGGAAAUGUUGGCUAAGAUGAUUCGAAUAUCCUCGAAGUUAUCGAAGGAUUUCUGGUUGAGAUUGGCGCCAUCUUUGAACGAUACUCCUGCAUAUGCCGUGGCCUCGACAGGACGCGUUGUCUAUCAUAGAAAAAGAGAGAGACGUAAAGAGAGAGAGAGAGAGAGAGAGAGAAAGCAGUGACGUCAACUGCGGUAACCGAGAGAGCGCCGAUGCAGGUCGGCGAAACGCAUGCGCGACACUACGAUCGAUUCUUUCGUUUUCGAGCGCGCACGUCACGCGACGCCGCGCAAACCAGCCGAAAGCGGAGACACGCGCGCGGGUGGACUCUUCCUGAAGGGAGGAACGAUAUUGUGUCGGGCAAAAAGUAGCGAGAAAUGAUAGAAGAGAGACGUUGAGACGAAAAGAAAAGAGUUUGCCUCGAUGAUUUAGCCGAUCGUCGAGAGAGAGAAAUAUUUCGGAUUGUUGGAGAAGAUCGUCCGAGAAAAAGUAAAAAAGAAAAGAAAGAAAGAAAAAACAAACUUAUCGAGGAUUUGAAAGGAUUCGAGAAAUAGAUAAGAAGAAGGAACAAAGAGGAAACGUCGUUGGGUGUUGCUCGAUCGUUAAACAAAGUUUUAAUCGACGGUAUUAAAAUGUAGAGAGUUCGAGGAAAAAUCGUGAACAAAACGGAACCGAUCCGAUCGUUCGAGAUUAGCAUGUAAGCCAUCGAGGUAGAUCGGGGAUCGGAGGAUCAUCGAAAUAUCGUCCAAGUUGAGGAAAAAGCCGGCACGAUGCCGAAGCAAGUGCCGGUAGAGAACUUAGUGAUACCACCGCAGGACGGUAGGAUCUGCGGUACCAUCUGUAUAUGUCAGAUGACUGCGGUUUUAUCGUCGGUCGCAUUGGUCUAUUUAACUGUGGCGAUAUACAUGCCGAGUACGCGAGCGUUUCAAUCGGGUAUCAGCGAGAUUCCGGCAAUGUGUACGACGAUUCGAGCCGUCAACGCUGACAACUGCGAGUGGGGAAGCUGCGGCGAAUGGUGUUUAUCGAAAACGUCCGGUCCUUGCGUACAAAUCCACGUGAAUCUUCGACGAAACGGUUCGACGAUACUUCUCGCCAAUUGUACGAACACAACGAAUAAGACUUGUUACGGUAUAGAUCAGGAAAACGCGAAAAAGUCCAAGUGCAUAGCAGACGAGUGUCGAAAUCUUACCGGUACGUUUAAUUGUUCAGCAGGGACGUGUAUAAACAUAACCGACGCGUUCGAGUGUAUGUUUCAUGAUACCGACCCGCCGUUAAAGUGUUCCGGUAGACGUGGCAAAAUAACUUGUAUCGACAUAGACGGUCUUUUUAAUUGCAAUCGAGGUACUUGCGAACGCAUAAGAACGCCUUACAAUUGCGACCGACGUUGCGUCGAUAUACCAACUAGAAAUAAGAACAUGAUACUUCUAAGUGGGGACAAGGUUUAUCUCAGUCAAUGUGAAAGAGCUAUAGACGUGGAGACUAAUCGAGAGAUAUGGCACGAGGAUCGAGGCGACGUUAUGAUGGCCUCGUGUUAUGGUAUAUUUAAUUCAACCCUUGGCGUCGAGGCUGUCGAUUGUAUUAACGGAUCCGUAUUAGAAAAGGAUCUUCUUACCGAUCUAACCAAUUUCACUUAUCUCUCGUAUUUAAAUAUAUUUGCGACAAAACCCUUGGACGAGACAAGAAUGGUGGCUCCACCCGAACAAGAUCUCAUAAUAGCUAACGAGAGUCGUUUGCUUAUCAAUCUCGAAGGAUGCGUUAACACCCUUCGCGAUGAGUGUAAAGAUUUCCUUCACGAAUACGGAAAGGAUGGUUCCGAUCACAACGCUAGAGCUAGAUUCCCUUGUUAUUAUGCAGAUGGUAACACUGGUAUCGUCGUGUCACGUUUUAAUCUCGAUACGACUUAUAAAGAAUUCUUGAUCGCUUUUAUUCUACCGAGCAUACUCUUCAUCGUCAGCUGUCUCACGCUGAUCUUUUGUCAGCGCACGGUGGUGGUAGGAGACGACGCGAGGAUGAGAUUCAAAGGUUCACCAGGUGCUCUAGCGUCGAUAGAGAAGAGCGCCUCGGGCAACGUAGGGGAUGCUGGCGGAGGAGAUUCCGUCAUGGCGCUCUGAGAUCCGUCACGCAUUCCCCUCCUGGAGGAGAGUCCGGCUCGUCAGUCGAUAUUCUCCCUGCGCGGGCACUAUUGAAGUGUGGGGAGGGGGGGAACGCGUGGUUCAAAUUCUCAUCUCGAAAAUACUUUUAUGAAAAUUUUCAAGAAAAUAAUAAAUAAAAAGAAGGAGAAGGAGCUAAUUGAAGUCCAGUAUCUUCUUUACGCACUGCCCGCAGCACAUUUUUACGCAUCCUACAAGCGCGCACGGUGCUUCUUAUCACGCGUGCUGUAAUGCGACGAGAAGGAGAGAAAGAGUGAAAAAAAGGAGAAAGAGAGAGAGAGAGAGAGAGAGAGAGAGAGAGAUCGAAAAAAAGGAAAGGAAAGUAAAAAGUAAAAGAAAGAAAAAAAAUAGGCUUCUUGUUGGCUCCGCCUCUCUUUUUUUAUGUACCGUCGACGAGUGUUUAUUACACGACUCGUUCGGGAGAUCGUUCGAAGAAAUACGAUAGAUAAGCUUUUUAUCGUGAAAUAAAAUAUAACAAAAAAAAAAAAGGAAAAAGUUAAAGAGGCAAGAAGAGGAUAAAGGUAAAGGAAAAAAAAAGAAAGAAAAAGAAAAAGAAAAUUCGGCGUAUUCGUAUAUAGCUCUUAAGAGUCCCCCUUCUUCUUGAUUGAUUGAUCGAUCGAUUGAUUGAUUUGCCGCGACGAGAUUAUGUAUAAGUAGAUAGAAGAAAAGAGAGAGUUCACACUUUUAAGAUCCGAGCGAUUUAUAUCAUAAAUUUAUUACAACAAACGCACCAAACGCUCGUGCACGCUUUGAGGAAUAAAAAAAGGAAUAAGUAAAUAAAUAAAUAAAUAAAUGAAUAAAUGAAUAAAUGAAUGAAUAAAUAAAUAAAUAAAUAAAGAAAAGAGUUUAGUACCAGCCACGUCGACGGACGUCCGGCUUUAGGAAUAAAAGGGAAGAGCAGACAAAAGUUAAAUAAAAAAAAAAAAGAAAAAAAAGGAAAAAA